AGAAAUAUGUCAGUUUAAUAUUUUAAUAUGACCACGGAAGUAUAUUACGAAAGUAGACAAUAAAUUAAUUUGAACAAAUCAAGAAACAUAUUUCUAAAAUUUAGUAAAAUGAGUCGAUUAUAUGACAAUAAACCUUUAGAUAAUUUGCCUGUGCAAAAUGUUAAAUGGAAUGGAGCAUGGAGCCAUUUGGCUUUUCCUAAAUCGAGCAAAGAAAAUCCUGGAGUUCUUUGUGAAGGCAAAGUGAUCAGUCAAGCAAGAAUCAGUAUUACUAGUUCUGAUAGCAGUGUUACUACCAAGGGAAGGUACUUUGUACUAUUUCUGGAAAUUGAAAAAGCUCACAGAAGAAAGUUUGAUGAAGAAGGAAAAGAAAUAGAACCAAAUUUUAGUGAAACUACAAAAGUCUCAACAGGAUAUUUGAAUUCUUCAUAUGAUGUCAAAUCCAAAGGUCAAACUGACAAACUGUCUCUUGGUCAAGUGAAAUCAUUUAUCCACAACUCUAAUAUUGAAGACAUGUUAAAAGAUCUUGUUACCAAAUCUUAUGGAGAUUUAUUUCUACUCUUUAAAGAGGAGGACCGUGAGAAAAUAGAGUUGACAAAUGGGAUGUCAGUUAGGAUCAAAACACUAGGAGAUAGCCCUAUCGUGGAAAGUCUGGUGAUUCAUGAUGAGGUGAACCUAGCAGUAAAGAAUUUUGUGGGAGAUGAUAAAAUUGGAAGCAACUGGACUGAUAAGAUAAUGAAAAUGAAAGGAUCUUCAGGAGUCGGCAAAGACAAUGUGGAAAGUUCUGAAGUUGCUGAGGAAGAAUGGGAUGACUGAAUGUGAAAAGAAAUAAAGAGACAUAUUUAUGAACUUUAUCAAAAUUUAGUUCAAAAAAACAAUAUCAUUUGUACAGACUCUACUAUAUUUUGUAUAGAUAAGAUAGGGAUAUUGUACUUUGUUGCCUCAUCAAUGUAACCAUGAUCUGCAAAAGAACAAAAAUUAAAUAGCUUCCUAUCUUGCUUCCUUUUCAAAGCUGUUUACAGAAGGUUGUUAAGGUUUAUUUAUUUGAGAUAUACAACUACACUGCUGACUACUGCCUAACAUAAAAAUCCAUGAAAGGAGAAGGGAGUUAGCAUUGUUUCAUCCCUAAUAACAUUCCGAGUGUUUUUAUUAUUUAAAUCUAUCAACUAGUUUGAUUUCUUGUUAUAUUUUUUAAAACCAUUGUCCUUAAUUUUUACCAUUGAUGAAUGGAAAUAAUAAUGCUAGAGCAUCAUGGGAUUAUGUUUUUAAAAAUCUUUUGCUGGGCAGUAAGAAUGGUCAUCUGCAGAGUUGUAAACCUCUUAGUGGACUGGACCAGCAUGCACUGAAACAAUAAGGCUGUGUGCAGUCUUGUAAGUUGUCAGAUGAUCCUUCAGAAAUGAAGAUUAUUAUGACAUAGCCCAAACCUAUAUAGAUUGAUGACAGGGGAUGACUGGGUUCAAACUGAAGCCCAUUGAGACAAUUGUCCAGAGUGCAGAUCAUAUGACCAGGCAGUCGUUUGUUUGUAAGUCAUAUGCACAGCUUUUUAACAUAUUAGUUAAUUAGUAAAUCAAUGCUUUUAUUGAAUGACACCACAAGUGAAUGCUUGAAAUAAUGAAAUAUAAGCUGAAUGUUUUCUGUUGUCAUUCAUCACAUUGAAAUGUCACAUAUUUAUGCAAGAGGUCCAAAAUUUCUGAGGCCAAUGCAAAUGAACUUGUGUGUUUUAAAGUGUGGAAUGUCAUUUCUUGAACAAAUGUAAGGGCAAAAAAAAAAGUUUAUUUUUCCAAAAGUGGAAGCUUGGACUUGGCAUUGACCCUUCUUUCCUUUUCAAACUGACUUAUCUCCAUUAGCUACUUUUAUACCACUAUAUGAUGAUGGUCUGUGUAAAUAUUGUAUGAUAAAUAGUUUUUUUUUUUUUUUCGCUGCUAUAAAAUACUCAUGGAUGUAUAGUUCUCAUAUAAAUUGUUAAUUUAUUGCUUUUCCAUCUUUUGCUGUAUCAGUAAUUUUUCUACUGGAUAAAUAAAAAAAAAAUUCAAACUUAAAA